CUCCGGUUGUUUCCGGAAGUUUGAAGCUUGACCGCAGUGGAUUGUGGAUAUCUGCGGGGAUUUUAACGUUUAGCCUUUUGGAUGAUUACUCGCCAGUUUUUUUCUUUUUUUUUGUUGUUGUUUUAUCAAAGAUUUAAACGGUCAUUAUGUUGAUUCAGUUCAUAUUCCUACUUUCAGCCUCUUGUUGCGUCUCAGAGUCAAAGAGGAGAAACGUGCUUCUUAUUAUUGCUGAUGAUGCAGGCUUUGAAACGGAGGUCUAUAACAACUCUGUGGUCCAUACCCCCCACCUGCGGUCGUUGGCGCAGCGCAGCUUGGUCUUCAAGAACGCCUUUACAUCUGUCAGCAGCUGCUCCCCAAGUCGCUCAGCCAUCCUCACAGGGCUGCCGCAGCAUCAGAACGGCAUGUACGGCCUCCAUCAGGGAGUUCAUCACUUUAACUCGUUCGAUGGAGUGCAGAGUCUGCCCAUGCUUCUUAGGGAAGCCAACAUACACACAGGUAUAAUUGGAAAGAAGCACGUCGGUCCUGGGUCUGUUUACCCUUUUGAUUUCGCCUACACUGAGGAAAACAGUUCCGUUCUCCAGGUGGGCAGGAACAUCACCCGAAUAAAACUCCUGGUCCGCAAGUUCUUCCAGACCCAUAAGCAGGAGACAGCUGAACGACAAUCAAUGAGAGACGAGGGAGUAAACAGCAAGUCAAACAUUGAAAAGGAGGAGAGGCCUUUUUUUCUUUAUGUGGCCUUCCAUGACACCCACCGAUGCGGCCACUCGCAGCCCCAGUAUGGUGCUUUCUGUGAGAAGUUUGGAAAUGGAGAGGCGGGAAUGGGUAGAAUUCCUGAUUGGACACCGGUAUAUUACACACCAGAGCAAGUUAAGGUUCCUCCCUUCAUACCCGACACCCCUGCUGCACGAGCCGACCUGGCUGCACAGUACACUACAGUCAGCAGGUUGGAUCAGGGUAUUGGGCUAGUCCUUCAGGAGCUCCGAGACGCUGGCUACGAGAACGACACUCUGAUCAUCUACAGCUCUGAUAACGGGAUCCCUUUCCCAAACGGCAGGACCAACCUCUAUCAGUCUGGGACGGCUGAACCUAUGUUGGUUUCCUCCCCAGAGCACAAUCAGCGGUGGGGGAACACCAGCCAAGCCUACGUCAGCCUCUUGGACAUUACUCCCACCAUCCUGGACUGGUUUUCUAUCCCCUAUCCAUCCUAUAGUCUCCCUGAGAGUCCGUCCUUAGAGGUCCUCCUCACCGGUCGCUCCUUGCUGCCUGCUUUGACCUCUGAGCCAACCAGCUGGAACACAGUCUACUCCAGCCAGUCGCUGCAUGAGAUUACCAUGUUCUACCCGAUCCGUUCUGUCCAGCAGGGGGUUUAUCACCUGCUUCACAACCUGCACUACAGAAUGCCUUUCCCUAUCGACCAGGACCUGUACGUGUCCCCAACAUUUCAGGACCUGCUGAACAGAACCAGGCUGCAGCAGCCGACUCACUGGUUCAAGAAUCUGGACCAGUAUUACUACAGGGAGCGCUGGGAACUGUACGACUCCAGGAAAGACCCUCUGGAGACAAAGAACCUGGUGUCGGACCCGUCCUACAGCAGCAUCCUAGAGAACCUGAGGCAGCUCCUGCAGAAAUGGCAGUGGCAGACAGGAGACCCUUGGGUUUGUGGACCAGACUACGUCCUGGAGGAAAAACUAGAGCCCCACUGCAGACCCCUUUAUAAUGGGCUCUGAUAGACUAUAAUGGUGGGGUAUUCCCCCCCCCCCCCCC